UAAAACACUAAAACAAAUCCCUGACAUUUUCCACUCAAAUCAAUAUUUUCAUGUCGAGACAAUCCACAAAAUAAACAAAGUGAAAAUGGGCGGCUUAAUUUCUUGCGUAGACGACCAGGUGCCUCCUAUGCAAAGACUCUGCUACGAUAUGACCCCCAUCAAGUCCAGAUCCUUGCCCAUCGUGUGGCUGGUGGGCCCGCCGGGUUCCGGGAGAACCACCCAGAGCAAAAUGCUUUCUGAGAAUCUUGACUUUGCGCAUAUCAAGGUCGCCGAGCUGCUGCGGAACGAAGCCGAGAAGGAUACAGACAGGGGGCGAUUGAUCAACGAGGCGCUGCACCACAGGGCGAAGAAAGUACCGGAUUCGAUCGUUAUCGAUUUGAUCAAGGAGGAGAUGUUGACGACGAGUCACAACUGCAAGGGGUAUCUGAUUAACAAUUUUCCGAAGAACAGCAAACAAGCGGCGCUGUUUAUCAAGGAGAUUGACGAUGUGGAUGCGAUUAUUUAUCUGGUUUGCGACGUGCCGGUGAUGGUGAAGAGGAAGCAGGUCCAGAGCGAGGGUAGACUGGAUGAUGACGUGAUCAAGAAGAUGAUAGCGACUUAUAUCAAGGAAGUUAAGGAGGGAACGUCGAAGUUGGGCAGCAAAAUAGAGAAGAUUCGUGGCAACGAAGACCCCAACGACGUCUACACAAAAAUCGAGGCCGCAAUAUCACUAAGAGUCAGCACAAAAACCAGAAUAAAGGCAGAGGCGGACUACGCACAGGAGUUUGGGUCGACAAUCUCAUCGUUAACCAGUGCCUAAUGCACUUCCGACACUCUUUUCCGGUGUUUUGUAAUUUCGAAAUUUCUCAAUAAAACAUGUUAAUUUUAGUCAUGCAA